AAGGUGCGGUACGAGACGCUGCCGCCUAGAACAGCUGAUCCGCCACAACAAUGUCAGACGACGAGGACAGGUAAUUUGCAUUGAGCCGUGGGUAGCAUUACAUGGUAGCCGUGCAGGCCAGAGGUCCUGGUAGCCCUGAUAGCCAUGCAGGCCACAGGUCCUGGUAACACUGGUAGCCUCUCCGUAACCAGCGCCUCGGUUCCCCGGGCCAUAUAACUCGCAUGCUGCUCUAAAGCUUCCACCACACGCCACCCUAAGGUACUAAUGCCAAGGGCGUAUGUGAGAGUGUUAUUUGCAAGCACACAGAACGAAGAAACAGGAAGCGAAAACCUAUCUGUUCCUGGUGCAACGAGAGCGAAGUCGCACUGUGUACCAUGGACUAUUUCGUUGAUUAUUACUCGCUUCCGAAGUGACGCACGGGUGACAAGGCCCUGAUGAUGUCACAGCGCACCGUGUCCACGUCCCCACAACCAACGAAUGCAGGAAAGCAUAAAGAAGAAAUAUUAUGGAUGGGACAGAAAGAUGAAAGAAAUUUGCAGAUCAAGUAAAUGAACCAGCAAAUUAUAUAAAAUUGGAUACCUACUCUUCAUUCCUCACACCCAAAAUGUCUGCUGUACCAAAGGUGGAACCUGCAGAAGACUUGCUAGUAUCUACCUUCACCCUAGGAGAUGAUUACUGCACCCUGGCUGCUGCACCUACACAGGUGAUAAAGUGGAACCUUCAGAAAACCUGAUCUCUUCAGCAGACUAUUAUACAGAAGAUGAAGAUAACACAGGAGUCUUGUUCUCAGCUGGCCAUCAUCCGUGAAGUGUAUGACAGUGACUCUGCCCAUGAAACUUUUGAGUUGGAGUUGGAAAGAGCAUUGGAAAAAGGUGUGACAACUAUUGUUAUAGAGCCAACAACAUUAGGAGAUGAGACUGCCAGAUGGAUUGCUGUUGGAAAUUGCCUUCACAAAACGGCAGUAUUAGCUGGAUUUGGUGCCAUAGCAUCAGGUCUGAUAUGGCGAGACACAGCUUAUGUUUGUGUCCCACUUGGCACUUUAUCGUUAUUCUGCACUGGAGUUUAUACCGCAUCAUGGCAGUUUGAUCCCUGUUGCAAAUAUCAGGUAGAAUAUGACUCUGGUCGUUUGUCCCGCUUACCUCUUCAGUCAUUGUCUUCUGCGUCACCAGUUGUAUUGGUGCGAAGGGAUGAUUCUAGGAGAAAAAUCCUACACAAUUGUGUAUCUUUAGUUUCAUUUUCAUAUUGCAUGUGGAGACUUUAUCAGAUGUACAAGUAGGGCUAUAGGGAGAAUUAUUAUACAUGUAGUACCAUUAAGACUAUGCAUGAGUAUAUUUGUAAUAUUAUUUAGGUAAUGUAUGAGUUGUACAUGUAAUAUCAUUAUUAAAUAAGGAAUGUACACAGAGUAGGACUGGAUGUAUUGUACAGAAAGGAUCAGAUGAAUUUCAUUUAAUAUUUACCCCUGCAAAUUACAGUAUGUAUUGUAUGUACAUUGUAUAUUUACAGGAAUUUGUCAAUUUGAGCCAAGUGCUUAAUUGCUGCGACAUCUGUAUUAUAAUAUUUUAUAGUACAGUAUAGAUUUAUUUAAUUUUUUAUUAACUUAAUAGACAAUUCUUUAGUCAAAGCUUGUUAUUUUUUUCAUAAAGUUUUGAAUGAUCCUCAGCUUGAGGUAUCUAGUCUAGAAGACUAGAUACAGUUCUUGACCUGGGGGAAAUAAUUGCAACACCUCGGAGUAUGUCAAAAUGAAUUCAUUAAUUAGCCAUACAUGAAGAGGUAAGCUCAAGGCAUGCAACUGCACUGGGUCAUGUGGUAGCUUUUGUAAAUUAUGUUUUAUUACUAAUUUUCAUUUUGAGGUCUUAGGCCAUCUGAUGACUUGUACUCUUUGAAGGCUUUGGAGAAACUAUUUGAAAAGUUCAGAAAUCAUACAGCAUUCUAAAGAUUUUCAUUUCAUAUCAAUUGUCUUGCUGGCAACAGUUUCAAGAAAAUUAUAGGAUGCAGAGAAGUAAAUAAUUUCAUGGAAAAUUAAUUUGGUUUUACAGGUCAUGAAUAAAACCCAGUAAGAAAGAGUGCAAUGCAUUUUGUAGCACCAAAUGUUUGAUUCAUUAACCAAAUAUUGAUGGUGUAGUACAGAAGAAUACCAGUACAGUAUACUUCAUUUUGGCUUGAGUGUUCACAGCAGUUUUCUUUCUUCUUCAUUUAGAAAGAAGUACAAAGUGCAGAUUUUAGCAUGCAUUUUGUUAGGGCAUCAUUCCAUAUUUAUUUUCUUAAUCUAUCACAAAAUUCAUCUUUCAUUAUUUAUCUCAAUCAUUGUAUCGGCAAGUAUUUCAAGCUUGCAAUUCUCUUGUGCAAAAUGUCAGUGCUCAAAUUCCGGAAAGUGUAUGCUUAAUUAAACAAUAAGUAAAUAGUUAGAAACUUUAUUUUUCUAAUAUUAUUAUACAGUAUUUAUAUUUUUCACUAAAUGACAUGAAAACCUAUUGAAAUGUGAGUAAUCCCAUAUAGUGCCAAGGUAAUUUUUUUUUUUUUUUUUUUUGCAUGAAUAAGUUGGCUAGCAAAGGGUUACAGUAACAUUAUUUUGUUAGUCACCUUAGACUAUGCAACAACAUCUUGUGUAAAGAAAAGCAUUUAAUUAAAUAGCUCAAUGUAGCUACAUUGUAACUAGAGGAAGGUUGCUGCCACAAGGCCAAGGGCAACCACCAACCACCUUGAAUAAAAGUGCGCUAUCCACUCCAGGUUUCAGAGGAACAGCUUCCCAAAGAAAAGAAUGACAAGGGAAGAAAUGUACAUUAAAUAAAGCUCUUGGUACCCAUGGAUUCUUGGGUAGCAACUUCUUGUAUGGAAGAUGCUGCCAAUAAUAUUAUUCAAAGAAGCGACCUUCACAAUAAGGGGAAGCUACCUGCUGCAGUAUCCAAGGUAACUAUUUCCUGAUAAUGUAAUUUAUCUUUAUCAAACUUUGGGUAUAAUACUUCCUUAUGAGAGAGGAGCUAUAUGGUACAAUGGCUAGAGUAAGAAACUCCUGGAAAAGAUGUUCAUAGCUAUCUACCACAUGACCCAAGGCAAUAAUUCGUAGUGUGUUAUCUAACAAUGGUAUCAAAUUCGUGAUCAAAGAAAUUUAGAUUAUCAAAGAGUGAAGGUUAAAAACUUGAGAAGGAAGCUCAUUACCAUGAGACAUUUUAUUAAUAUAUAUGUAAAGAGACUGUGUAUGGUUAUCUUCAGCUCAGUCAGCAAGGUUUCAAAGCAUUUUGUGAGAAAUGAAUUGACCAAGUUAAAAGCAAGAGGGAGGAAGUUAAUUAGAAGACUCGGUUUUUGAGUCUUGCAAAGGAAGUUUACCCAGCACAAUUUUUUCUGCUUUUAAGAAUCAAAUUUUGGUUCUUAAAAACUAAUAAUUCAGGGUAGUUUAAUGCAAUGGACCAUUUUUUUUGUGUAUGAAAUACAUGAUUAGAGAAAUGCAAUCUCGCUCUUCAGUAGGAGAGGGAGUCAUUGUGGGGAUUGUACAGACAGUAUUUAAGUACAGUACUGUAAUGUAGUCUGUACAUAAAUUUAUAGUAACAUAAUAACAUGUCUUUAUUUUGUAACAAUGAAUUAAACCAAAUAUCACAAA